AUGACGCAUAAAUUGUCAUUUAACAACCUUUUCAAAGAGAUUCCCAUUCCCGUUCCUACCAAACUCGAAGUAAAACUUACUCCGACUGAAGACCAACUAUGCACCUUAUUGGAUGAAUGCAAGCAGAAUCUUGAGAGCAAGGGCCAGAACGUCGAAUGUAGGAUAAGUGGAGGUUGGGUCAGAGACAAGCUACUUGGCGCGCAGAGUAAUGACAUCGAUGUCGCAUUGACGAAUAUCAUGGGCGUCUCCUUCGCAGAGCAAUUCGUAGAAUUUGUCGCAUCCAAGAACCUACCUGUGAAAACCGUGGCUACCAUUGCGCGUAAUCCCGAGCAGUCAAAACACCUUGAAACUGCUCGUACCACCGUCCUUAGUACAGAACUAGACUUCGUCAACCUUCGCAGUGAAUCGUACGCGGAUAACAGUCGCAUACCUACUGAAAUCAAAUUGGGCACACCACUUGAAGAUGCUCUACGACGUGACGCGACUAUAAACGCGCUAUUUUACAACGUUCAUUCGCGUUCUGUGGAAGAUUUCACGGAAAAGGGACUUGACGAUCUACGAAAGGGCGUGUUACGGACUCCGAUGGAUCCCUUCGAAACGUUCAAGGAUGAUCCGCUCAGAGUAAUACGCUGCAUCCGCUUUGCGAGUCGACUCGGCUUCAAAAUGGUGAAAGAGAUGGAGGAGUCCAUGCAAAACACUGAAAUACAGGCUGCCAUCGUCUCAAAAAUCAGUAAAGAGCGAAUAGGAGAAGAACUUGACAAGAUGAUGAAAGGACGGGACCCAUUGCAUUCUAUUCGACUUAUCACAUCCCUAAAUCUUUAUUCCUCGAUUACCGCCGUGCCACUAGCCAUCGCAUCCACCUUCUCACCCAGUCUUUCCCCUCCAUCGUCCGCAAUUGGCGCAGCAACUCUCCUCCACGCCGCUCUAUCCAAUUCAUUCUCCGACACCCUACACCUUCCACCUCCACACCCUCUCCUCCUCUCCCAGCUGGAAAUAGACAAAACGCUCCGACCACGGUUCUUUCUAGCAGCUUUAAUGACACCAUACGCAAACGUCCAAUAUACACCUAAGAAGAAGAAGUCAACCGCACCAGCAGUUGAAGUGGUCAUUCGAGAAGGGUUGAAGCUUGGACUGCAGAAUCAUUAUGCGGAUGGUGUACCUGCGCUAUUCGCUGCAGCGAAUGUUCUGCGUGGUGUUGAUGCGAGUCAGUUUGAUGGUUCUAAGGAACGGUCGCGAAUAGGUCUUUUGUUAAGGACGAAAUCCGUGCACAAUGCUAUCACGGGUUCUCACUGGACUUCAUCCCUACUGUUCUCACUAAUUCAGGAGCUGGUUGCCCACUGGGAUGCAGGCACAGAUACCUUCGACGUACAACAAGCAGUUCCGAUCGUGGAACGAUAUAAUCGAUUCUUACAGCACGUAGAAGAGCUUAAACUACCAGACACAAUUAACGACAAACCUCUCCUUAACGGUAAAGAAAUUGUCCCGCUCCUAGGUGCAACGCGGCCAGGUGUAUGGACAGGCACCGUUCUCGCACAGGUCUCUGAAUGGGCACUUGAUCAUCCUGAAGGCACGAAAGACGAAUGCGCAACAUGGUUGAAGGAAGAACAGGCAGCGGGACGAAUAGAUACUGGUGACGGGUCUCAGAAUGCUUUAAAAGCCCCUCCUGCGAAGAAGGCGAAGGUGACAGGAGCAUCUUCAUAG